CAAAAACGUUUCUGGUCGUUUGGGACGGGGAUGGUGUUGCCAUUCAGUUGGAACGCUUUUGGUUUUCCUCUAUAUGGGUGGUUAAGCGCCGGCUAUCGCGCUCUGUAGGUGGUCCUGUGCAUCUGGCCGGCACGUCCAGCGGUGCACUUGUCCUUGUGAGAGUCUGUGGAAGCGGGCGCUCCAGCGGGGGUCGGACCGUCCCGGGUGCAGGCUAGGUGGAGCACACAUCAGCCGUGCGUCUAGCGUUACACCAACAAGCGUCGAAGGCAGCAUGUAAUGUACUAUCUUUGAAGCCGCUUCUGUUGCUAACUAACCCCGGCUUCUUUAAAAAUUUGCACAGUCUCUUUGAAAGUCUGUUUUAAUUUUAAUCGAAGUUGAGGAUGACCCUUUGGCCCCCUGUACGGUGACUGAUCUUUGCACGGAUAAUUAACUGGCUUUAUGCUAUCCAGGACUUGUGACAGAGGGGCUGAGAGGCUUACACACUGGGCUUUUGUCCGAAGUUAAAUGCACGUUUUUUUUACGGGCCCCGGAGCGUUGAGAAAGUCCUGGCUCAACUGAUGCACAGCUGUGAAGGAGGGGAUUCGGCUGAAUUCCCGGUACCAGAAACCCUCUGAAGAGAGUUCGCCAAUGACUAUCAGGUUGGAGUGAGACUGGAUUCCACUCAAGGAUCCUGAUAUUUAACUGUCCGGGAAGGACAGCAGCUUGAGCCUUUAUGGGAGUUGGUGGAAAACCAGUCCAGCAGAAUCAGAAGCGAGGGAAUGAAAAUCAACUAGGGGGAGAAUUGGAGGCUUUUUUAAAAUCGUCAGUCUAUCGUGGAGACGUUGAAUGCUGUGUUUUGAAGAAUGGCGGUGACUGUAUCUUUACAAGCAUUCGGAAUGUCUUGCACUUGAGCAAGAUGGAUGCUGCAGUGGUGUCCCCCAGAGAAGAUACCAGCAUUGUGGAUUGUCGGCGAAGGAGUAUUGGAAGUGGAGGAGGCUAGGUGUGCAUGAUGAGUGUUGCCAUCAAGUCAUGUUCUGGAGUCCUGAAAGCCCAUGGCUGCAGUCCACACCUUAUCUGUAUCUAGUGAUCGCAACAGCCUGUAUCCUUGUUCUCCAGUUAACAGCAAGUGCAAAAUGGGAAGUGUGGGUAGUCUAAUGGCUGAAAAACAUGACCUCACAAGUGAUAAUAUGAAGAGUCAUCGAGGUGGGAACGCACACAACCUCAGGCAGCCAGACGGGCUCUUUAAAAAAGGACUGACCCAAAGAGACCUGUUGAACUAUCUUAACAGCACCAAAAAAGGAGCAAAACCGGACAAAAGGAUUGCAUCCGGAUGUUCUUCCAUGGAACGCUGCCGAAAAGACGGACAGAAUGAGAUUUAUGGAAAGGACGUUGACCUAAAAAAGAAUUCACUUCCUGUUGGAGGGAAAUUUGAAAAGUCACAAUUCCGACCCUCUGCAUUCAUGCCGGUGGUGCCAAAGAACUUCAGUUCAAUGCAGAAUCUGUAUCCACAACAGACCAAGGACCUGAGCGACAGUACAGCCAGCCUCAACGUCUUCAGCAAGAUGGACCAUUCUCCCAUGAGGAAUGGAGGUGAAAAGAAGGAUUACUUCAGGACAGUCAGUCAAGAGGAGGACCUGUCUGACUCUGGGCGGAAUUCCAUGACGAGCCUCCCUCCCUGCGGAACAGGCCUGAAGCACCACAUAGGGCAGAUAAGUGCCUCCAUGGGGCAAAUUAACCACAUUGGCUCAAACUGCAUUGAUGGGGGACCCAAGGAGGCUUCUAACUCUGACAGCAGCCGUUUCUCCUGCAAGAGCAUGGCAGUCCUGAGCCGGCUGGACCCCCAGGGCAACAUGUCCCCUUCCUGCGAGCUGUCACGAUCGAUGGAGGACGUCGUCAGAGAGCUGGAAGACCGGCUUCACGAGAAGGAGGUGGAGCUGAAACACGUGAGAAGGAACCUGGACGAGAGCGAGGAUGCCAUUGCCCAGGUGUUCGAGGAUAAGCAAAGGCUCUGGGAGAAAGAGAUGGAAGAACUGAAGCGAAUCUACGCCAGCAAGCUGCGCCAGGUGGCCCAGCAGGCCCAGCACGCCCAGCGAACUCUCCAGCUGCAGGUCUUCAAGAUCAAGCAGGAGAAGAGGAAACUGCAGGAGGAUUUUGACAAGUUGCUGCUGGAAUGUGAGCAGCUCAAAAGCCAGUGUACAUCUUAUCGACAGGAGCAAGAUGACUUAACGCCAAAGCUGGAGGAGACCAAAUGGGAGGUCCGUCAGAAGGCUGGUGAGAUCGCCCUGCUAAAGCAGCAACUGCGAGACUCGCAGGCAGAGGUGGCGGGGAAACUGAGUGAGCUGUUCAGCUUGAAAGCGCUGCUCCAAGAAGUCCGAGUGGAGCUCUGUACCAAAGAUGAACAGAUGUUGCUGCUAAAGAAUUCUCUGCAGGCCCAAACCAAGCAAUUAGCUAAAAGCACAAACGCACUACAGCAGGAGGACCGCAUCUUACUCCAAGAAGCCUGCCUGGAGAGAGAUGGAGCAUCCGAAGAAAUGAAAGGCUUGUUGAACAAGGAGACCGAUGAUCUGAAGGCCAGGAGCUUUCAUGGUGACACCACCCAAGGUCUUGUCCUCCAGAUUGAGAGACUGAAAGCCGAACUGUUAUUGGAACGAAGGCAGUGUGAAGCCCAAGCUGCCAAUUUUGAAAUUGAGAGAAGUACCUGGCAGGACGAAAAGGAAAAAGUCAUCCAGUAUCAGAAACAACUGCAGUCUAGCUAUCUAGAGAUGUACCAAAGAAACCAAGCCCUUGAACAAGAAAUUCGGGUUAUUGCAGCCAAAGUAGAACUAACGGACAACGAUGUCAAACAGAACCUACCAUGGAUCGAAAGGAUCGAAUCCUCUGAGAUAUGAUAAGCAAUUAAAUUUGCGCAUCAUUGAUUGGAGAUCAGGACACAGACAUUUUAAAAGAUAUAUAUAUAUAUAGUGUUGAAUUCCUCAAGGUGAACAGAACAUGAUAACAGGUUGUAGCAGCUGGAAGAUAUUACUGAUUUGGAUCUACAAAUGGAAAGGAUGAAACACAGGGAUGCUUCCAGAACGUUUUAAAAUGGAAAGUGGUGUAUCUAGAGAACCUGAAAUAUUUAGUUUUUGAUGGCUCAAAUCUGAGAAGUGAUUGACCUUUUCUCCAUAAUUGUAAGAUGCUACAAAGAACUUCUGUGCACUCAACGGAUGCAAACCUGACUUAAAUCAAGCCAAUUUAAGGUUUAAACUCAGUGCUUUAAAAUGUGAAAUAAUCCCCUACGAUAGUAUUUUAUUUACCUAUAUAUUUUAGAAUCACUGCAGAGAAUGACACAUUAAUGCAAUUCAGGUCCCUCUCUGUUUUAAUAAUUGUUAGAGCUUAGUUUAAAUUUCACAUUCUACAGAAUUAAGCUCUACAAUUUGUUUAGCAAAUCUGCCAAGAAGUAAUAUUGACUUGGAAUGAUAGUUUUAGGAAAGUGAAAAGUAAUACCAGAUCUUGUCUAAGUUUAAUUAUUUUUGUAAAGAUUCUCCCUUUUCCGAGAUGGAGUGAAUUUUAUCGGCUGAAUUUUAUUUGGAUUUUGUUUUAUAACAUUUUUUACACGAGGCAUAUAUACCAUUUGUUUCAUAAUGCUUUUCCUUUGACUUUUUAUCACGCACUAUGUGUAGACAAACUGAAGGUUUCUAUCUAACGAGGAUCGUGAUUGUACUGACAAGAUCUGACUUGCUUCGCAGCAUCCAGGAGGCCAAUUGCUUUGCUUUUGUCCAGUGUUUUUUUUUUGAAACAGGGAAGAAGAUGACAAUGUUGAAACCGAUAUUCAAAACUAUAACCCAACCUGCUAGUACUUUUUGGAAUUAAUAUGCAGAUAUCUACAACUGCCAGCAAUGUCAGGGCAGUGAGGGCAGUUAUAUGCAGUCAUGGCCAGGACAGUAUCUGCCUCAGAAAAAAAAAUGACCACCUGAAAUGACAUCACAUUUUCUCUUCCAGGAAUUGUAACUCGGUUAAAUUUAUAAAUACAUUCACAAAUACAUUUUUAUUCUUUCAUUGCAAGGUUGAAUAUUUUGAAAUUGUAUUGAGAUUUACCGUACAAUUGCCAUUUUUGAUCAUUACCCCUCACCACAUAUCUUAAAGUACUGUUCAGAGAAUAUGUCACAAUACUAUGAGAAAUAUCCCACAGACCAGCUGGCUAACUGGUUUCUUUUUGACUGCAUAGAUUGACAAAGGAAUGUUGACAAAAAUGCCUGGAGAAGUCCCUUCCAUGUAAACAAGGCAAUGCACUUUUCAUUCAUGUGUGAAAUGGCUAAGUAUUUCUCUACCAAAAGGCAGGACUUGCAACAGUACAGAACACUCAGGCUCUGCACUGAUACACUGCGUCAGUUCUGUACAGAAAUAAUCCUGUAGCUUGUGUUUGUGACUUCUGUGGCUUCUUCCACAGCCUUCUUACUGAACAAUGCUGAUGGUGAAAAUCUGAACCCCAAUGAGCAGAGCGAAUGUACAAAUGGAUUAGGAGCAGAUGUAGGCUAACUGGUGACUCAAGCCAGCUCUGCAUUCCAAUAUUAUCAUGGCUAAUCAAGUUACAACUUCAAUUCUACGUUCUUGCUUACCCCAGUUAUUAUAGAACGUAGAAUAUUGCAGCACAGAACAAUCACUCAGCCCAUAGCAUUUUAACCUACUCCAAGCCACCCCCCCCACCAGCCCUCCAUUUUUCUUUCACCUAUGUGCCUUUCUAAGUGUUUCUUAAAUGUCACUAAUGAAUUUGCCACUACCAACCCCCCCCCCCCCAGCAGUGCCUUCCACUUAUCCCUGCUCAUUGAUCAAGUUUCUACCCACACCGUUCAAAGAAUGUUCAACAUUUGUCUUCCUCAAAGGAAACAGGGUCCCAAAGAUUAAAGGUCAACUGAGAGAGAAGAAAACCUUUUUUUAAAAAAAAAUGGAUGACCCUUAUUUUUAAAUAACAAGCUCAAUUUUUAAAUUCUUCCCACAUCUAUUUCUUUCAAUACCCUUCACUAUAACAAAUUAAAAUGUCCAAGUAGUUUUGACUGCAAAGCUACUAAUGUCAGUUUUUUUUAGCUUCCACAAUCUUUUUUAAAGAAUCGGAGAGUAUUAUCUGGCUGAACACAGGUUUGCUUCUGUGUAUAAUCUGUUGCACAUUUACUCUCCACCCUCAGUUCAGGGCUGCUGGGAUCACUACUUAUAGCUGUACCCACCAGCAUUUCAUCUUAAUGCUCUUUGCAGGUUCCCAUCUGUGCUUGAAAAUUCCACUCACCUGUAACUGUUCACUUAACACCAAGACAUGAUAGUGGAUUCACCAUCUGCAAAGUUCUAACCUCAAAGCAGAUUUUAAGCCCUAUCCAAUAUAGGUUUCUAUGGGCAUCUUCACAAUAAGGCAGUUAGACUGAAUUCGAAGAGUAGCUUCCUCCCCUGUCUAGUCUCUGCAGCAGGGUUUAGCUGCCAAUACAGCUAUUUCAGUGGCAGGGUUCCCUUCCCUAUCAAGGAGGAGGUACGUCCAGCUAACAAAGUAAAAAUAAACUAAAUAGUUUGUUUCAUUUUUAAUGAUGUACAUUUUAAUUUAGACAAGCAGUUCUUAACAUACAUACAUGUAACACUGAUAGAAAAUUUCUAGUUUACGAAAGAUUUCUGAAUUACAAAAGACUUAUAAGCUCCAAUUUCCAAACACAGGUACAAUUCUUACAAGCUAAAAGAACUUACCAAUGAGUUGCAGAUGAAUGAGUUGUCUGUUACAGAAACCAAAUGUUGACAAAUGAAUUCUAUCUGUCACUCCCUUUUUCUGUAAUUCUCCUUGUCAUUGGUAGCAAUUCCAGAUGCUUUCUAACAUUUAUAUUGUUUUGCUACUAGUUGACAUUAUCUACAAGUGAUGUUUUUCAGAUGCCUUUGGUAGGACAAAGUAAUUCACACAGAUGGUCUAAAAGCUUCUGGGGACAGAGAUCCCAGAAAAUUAAUUCUGUGAGGACUGACUCUCUGAGUAUGCAAAUAUCCCAACUAAUUAUGAUCAACAAUACAUGUGACCACGUUUGAUGUGCUAAAUGACAAAAUCAGUCUGGUCUGCAGUCUUCUCAAACUUAGUCACAAUGAUGUAAAUAACUAAUCCAGUGUUGUCUGGUUAGAUGCAGGCUAAUUAGCACAACCCUAUUGUCUUACAUUGAUUAAACAUGGGCCUACAAGAACUAAUUGUUCAGCUGUUUACAACAAGAAGCCGAGCAACGAAUGUUGGUUAGGAGUUUAACUUUGUCACAAACUUUGGAAAACUUAUGCUGCUUUGCUAGAAAGCUCAGGUCAGCAAUGGGCCUCUUGGGCCUUGGAAAGAAAAUAAUCUAUCACAGAUAGCAAAAUCAUCUUUCUUUAUGUUUGUUCAGUAACUCUGUCUCUCUCCAGCUUUAUCGUGGGGUCAUGAUCCUUUCAGUCUGCUGAACUGACACCCAUAUCAAGCAUCCAUUUACACUGAAAAUGGGUUUAUUGUGCAUUUAUUCUUUCCACAUUCCUACUAAAGUCCUCAAGAUUCUACCACUCACUUGACACACAGUUCUGGCCGGUUAUCCUGCUUUAGGAUGUAGGGUGAAACUAGAGCACCCUGAAGAAACCCAUGUGGUCCCCAAGGAGAACAUGCAAGCUGGACAUGGACCACACCAGUGGUCAGGAUUGAACAUAGGUCUCUGCCACAGUAUUCCUGUCUCCCUUGUUCACUCUAACAUCGUUUCUAGAUGUAAGCAAUACUGAAAGCCAUCGUUACUUCUUCAUGUAAUUUAAGGGGCUUGGAAACUGAGUAACAGCAACUUCCAAAAUCACCAAAUCUUCUGAACACUCAAAUUUUAGUGUUCCAAAGAAACUCGGGGCUCCCGUUCUUGCUGCUCAGAUCACUUCUUUGCUGAGUGUGAACACAAACAAAACUGUUCCCCUUCAAGAAAGAGUUCCCACUUGAGAACAAAGUGAUGAUCUGUUGCAUACAUUGAAAGCAAAAAAAAAAAUGCAUUUUCAGUUUAGUUUAGAUUUCCAGUAUCUGGAUCUAUUUUGUUAUUUUCGUCUGUCUGCUUUAAUAGAAUCCAGAGCUGGAAAAAACAGCCAUAUAACAUGAUUUAACCUUGCUUGAGUUCUUCCUGCCUCCCCACCAUAACCAAAAUGAUGUUUCCUUUUAGAUAUAAUAUUUCAAAUAUAGAAGCGGUUGUGGAGCACUGGAUGCUGCCUGUCCUGGGUGGCAUUUCUUGAUUUUCCUUUUAAUUUAAAAACAAUUCAACACCAGUUAGCAUUCUGCAAAAUUGUUUUGAGUAACUAAAAUCCGUCCGCAGUCAAUAACUGGGUCACAAACCAGUUUGGAGAUGGAUUAUACAGAGUACAGAAGGGUGAGAGGGCCUAAUUCAAGAUUUCUUCUCCCAUCUCAUUUCCCCUUCCUCGGCACCUGCACUGGCUGCAGGGUAGACUAGUGCUUAACAAAGGAACAAUAUUGACAUCAUGGCCUAGUGUACUAGGGCUCUCUUUAGAUUGAUGAUACACUGUGUCCACCUAGUGACAAUAAACAGUACUGCAGCAACUCGCUCCUCUACUACCGUCACCUAUUUUUUUCAUUGUAGCAGACUAUGUUGUUGCUAUGAGCACCAGUGGCUAUCUCAGUUCAUUUAAAAAUACUUCAGGAUUAAUCUGCGUCUGUGGUAGUGAAUUAAAUGUCUAGAAAAUGUUAACCUGGCAACUUAACAUUGUUUAGUAACUAAGACCAGAUGCAUUAAGCUUGCUAUUUACCAAUCAUUUGAACAUUUCCAAAUAAAACUUACAUUAAAAUGGGCUCUUGUUUUACCUUG